UUAUUGUGCAAAGCACACGCUGUUUCACUAUAUAUACUUUCACAGAGGUUCUCAACACUCUCACUAAACCAAGGAGGAUCACCAAAGCGUCUUCAUCACCAUGGAUCCUUACAAGUAUCGUCCUUCGAGCGCUUACAACACCUCGUUCUACACCUCAAACGGCGGUGCUCCAAUCUCCAACAACAUCUCUUCCCUCACCAUCGGAGAAAGAGGUCCUGUUCUUCUUGAGGACUACCAUUUGAUCGAGAAGGUUGCUAAUUUCACCAGAGAGAGGAUCCCUGAGAGAGUGGUUCAUGCUAGAGGAAUCAGUGCUAAAGGUUUCUUUGAGGUUACCCAUGACAUUUCAAACCUCACUUGCGCUGAUUUCCUCAGAGCCCCUGGUGUUCAAACUCCAGUUAUUGUCCGUUUCUCCACUGUUGUCCACGAGCGUGCCAGUCCUGAAUCCAUGAGGGAUAUUCGUGGUUUUGCUGUCAAGUUUUACACCAGAGAGGGGAACUUUGAUCUUGUUGGGAACAACACUCCUGUGUUCUUCAUCCGUGAUGGGAUUCAGUUCCCGGAUGUUGUCCAUGCCCUGAAACCAAACCCGAAAACUAACAUCCAAGAGUACUGGAGGAUUUUGGACUACAUGUCCCACUUGCCAGAGAGUUUGCUCACAUGGUGCUGGAUGUUUGAUGAUGUUGGUAUCCCACAAGAUUACAGGCACAUGGAAGGUUUCGGUGUCCACACCUACACUCUUGUUGCCAAAUCUGGAAAAGUUCUCUUUGUCAAGUUCCACUGGAAACCAACUUGUGGUAUCAAGAAUCUGACUGACGAAGAGGCCAAGGUUGUUGGAGGAGCCAAUCACAGCCACGCCACCAAGGAUCUUCACGAUGCCAUUUCAUCUGGUAACUACCCUGAGUGGAAACUUUUCAUCCAGACCAUGGAUCCUGCGGAUGAGGAUAAGUUUGAUUUUGACCCGCUUGAUGUGACCAAGAUCUGGCCUGAGGAUAUCUUGCCUCUGCAACCUGUUGGUCGUUUGGUUCUUAACAGGACCAUUGACAACUUCUUCAAUGAAACUGAGCAGCUCGCUUUUAACCCCGGACUUGUGGUUCCUGGUAUCUACUACUCAGACGACAAGCUGCUCCAGUGUAGAAUCUUUGCUUACGGUGACACUCAGAGACAUCGUCUUGGACCGAAUUAUCUGCAGCUACCGGUCAAUGCUCCCAAAUGUGCUCACCACAACAAUCACCAUGAAGGUUUUAUGAACUUCAUGCAUAGAGAUGAGGAGAUCAAUUACUACCCCUCAAAGUUUGACCCUGUCCGCUGCGCCGAGAAAGUUCCCAUCCCUACAAAAUCCUACACUGGAAUCCGAACAAAGUGCAUCAUCAAGAAAGAGAACAACUUCAAACAGCCUGGAGACAGGUAUAGAUCCUGGGCACCAGACAGGCAGGACCGGUUUGUUAAGAGAUGGGUUGAGAUUCUGUCGGAGCCACGUCUCACCCACGAGAUCCGCAGCAUCUGGAUCUCUUACUGGUCUCAGGCUGAUCGAUCUCUUGGACAGAAACUAGCAAGCCGUCUGAACGUGAGGCCAAGCAUCUAGAGAGGCAAUCAAUCUCCCCAGAUAUGUUAAGUCUCUCCGUGAGGUACUACGCACAAUCUCAUAGAUCCAUCAUCGCUUGGUCGUUUAAAUCCCUAAAAAAGAUAAAUCGCACCUGUGUUGUUGUUUCAUGUCAAUAUAUAAUAUGCUGCAUGCUUUGUAAUCUCCUUUAAACCCAUGUCUCUUCUUCGUUUUCUUAUACUGUCACUGUCUUUGUAAUCUCUUGAUAUGAUAAAUAAAUCAAUGUUUUCUUGAAGCAGUAA